AUGGGUAAGGCUAAGAAGACCAGAAAGUUUGCGCUUGUUAAGCGCACGCUUAACGCCAAGAAAGACGUGCGCUUGAAGGCUAACCAGGCCAAGGAAGCGCAUCGCGACGACCCGGAGCUGACCAAAAAUGUGCCGCAGAUAUCGAGUGCCCUCUUUUUCCAAUACAACCAAGCCAUAAAACCACCCUACCAGGUGCUGAUAGAUACCAACUUCAUUAACUUCUCGAUCCAGAAGAAGAUCGACAUCGUGAGGGGCAUGAUGGACACACUGUUGGCGAAGUGCAUACCGAUGAUCACCGAUUGCGUGAUGGCGGAGCUGGAGAAGCUGGGACCCAAGUACCGAAUCGCGCUGAAGCUGGCACGUGACCCGCGGAUUCAGAGGCUGACCUGCUCGCACAAGGGCACCUACGCAGACGACUGUCUCGUGAACCGUGUGCUGCAGCACAAAUGCUACAUCGUGGCGACCAACGAUGCGGGGCUGAAGCAGCGUAUACGUAAGGUGCCGGGCAUCCCACUAAUGAGCGUGGGUGGCCAUGCCUACGUUAUCGAGAAGCUGCCUGACGUGUUUUGA